AUGCCACCAAAAAAGGGAAAGAAGGGAAAGAAGGGCGGCGACGACGACGACUUCUGGGCCGAGAAGGAGAAGGAGUUCGAGUCCAAGUUUGCCACUCCCGAUGAAUCAGUACACGGCGGUGGCGGCGGCGGCGCGUUUGACGCCCUCGACGACGACGAGGAGGGCGCCGGCGGCCUGAUGGCGGCGAUUGCUGCGGCUAAGAACAAGAAGAAGGACAAGAAGAAGAAGAAGAACACGUUUGCGCUCGACGACGAUGAGGACCCGGAGGCCAAGGAGGCCGAGCGCGCUAACCUCGACGACAAGUGGCCCGAGGACGACGUCAAGCCCAAGAAGGGCAAGAAGGGCAAGAAGGCGAAGAAGACGUACGACUUCGACGAGGAGGAGGAGGGUGCCGAGGCUGUGGCUGAGGCGCCUGCCGCCGACGAGUUCGCCGACAAGGCGCCCGAGAAGGCCAACCUUGACGACGAGUGGCCGGAGGACGACGUCAAGCCUAAGAAGGGCAAGAAGGGGAAGAAGGGCAAGAAGCAGCAGGCCGCUGCCGAGGCCGAGGCUGCGAAGGCUGCUGAGGCUGCCAAGGCCGCUGCCGCUGAGGCUGCCGAGGCCGAGGAGGAAGACGACGAAGAAGGCGGCGGUGUCAAGAUCCUCUCCAAGAAGGAGAAGGAGAGACUGAAGAAGGAGAGGGAGAAGGCGAAGAAGAAGGCGCAGGCCGCCAAGAAGAAGGCUGUUGUCACCGAGGAGCCUGCAGCUCCUGCACUUGAGGCCACACCCGAGCCGGAAGCCGAGGCCGAGGCCGAGGCCGAGGCCGAGGAGCCUGCUGCUGGCGCUUCGUCGAAGAACAAGAAGAAGAAGAAGGGUGCCAAGGCUGAGCCUGCCGCUGCCGCGCCCGCCGCCGCUGCUGGCAAGAAGGUCCCGGCGCACAUUCUCGCCAUGCAGGCCGCGAUGGCGGAGAAGAAGCGUCUCGAGGAGGAGGCUGCGGCCAAGAUUGAGGCCGAGCGUCUCCGUCGCGAGGAGGAGGAGCGCCGCAUCGAGGAGGAGGAGGCGCGCAUCGCCGCGGCCAAGGAGGCCAAGAAGGAGAAGGAGCGCCUUAAGCGUGCGCAGGCCAAGGCCGAGGGCCGUGUCCUCACGCCUGCUCAGAAGCGCGAGCGCGCCGCCGCCGAGGCUCGUAAGCAGGCGCUGCUGAACUCGGGUGUUGUCAUUGCCGCUCUCCAGAAGGAUGCUGCGGAGAAGCCCAAGGCGCGUCCCGUGUACGGCAAGAAGAACAACAAGAAGCAGCAGCAGCAGCAGACGCCUACUGCUUCUGGUGCCGCCACUCCGACCACUCCGGCCUCCCCUAAGAAGGCUGCGGCGGAGGUCAAGGAGGAGCCUAAGCCUGCCUCUGACGACGACUGGGAUAAGUCUGAGGACGAGGUCGAGGCCGCCACGGCUGGUGUUAAGGGUCUGAAAGUCAAGGACGAGUCGGAGGACGACUGGGACAAGUCCGAGGAUGAGGAGGAGAAGAAACCGGCUGCCAAGGCCGCGCCUGCCUCUAAGCCUGCCGCCAAGGCUGCUUCUGGCAAGGUCGCUUCCGGCAAGACUGCUUCCGGCAAGGCUGCCCCCAAGGCUGCCGCGAAGCCCGCUACCAACGGCAAGGCGCCCGCCAAGCCCGCCGGCAAGGCUGCUGCCAAGGACGAGGAGUCGGAGGACGAGACCGAGUCCGAGGACGAGACUGACUCGGAGGAAGACUCUGAGGACGAGACUGAGUCCGAGUCUGAGUCGGAGGACGAGGUCGAGCAGGCCAAGGAGCGUGCGCGCGUCGCUAUCGCUGCCCGCCGCAAGGCCGCCCAAGCUCAGCAGAGCAAAACCGACCUCCGCUCGCCUAUCUGCUGUAUUCUGGGUCACGUCGACACGGGUAAGACCAAGCUGCUCGACAAGAUCCGUCAGACCUCGGUCCAGGAGGGUGAGGCUGGUGGUAUCACCCAGCAGAUCGGUGCCACCUUCUUCCCUAAGGAGGCGCUUGUCGAGAAGACGCAGGCGGUCAACAAGGAUGGAAACGUUGUCGUUGACAUCCCUGGUCUGCUUAUCAUCGACACACCCGGACACGAGUCGUUCACCAACCUCCGUUCGCGUGGUUCGUCGCUGUGUAACAUUGCCAUCCUUGUUAUCGACAUCACCCACGGUCUUGAACCCCAGACAAUCGAGUCGCUCAACCUCCUCAAGAUGCGCAAGACGCCGUUCAUUGUCGCACUCAACAAGAUCGACAAGCUCGAUGCGACUGAGUGGAAGACACAGCCCGACGCCGGCUUCCGCGACACGCUCAGCGCCCAGAGCCCGCGUAUGCAGCGCAUGUUCGAGGACCGUCUCCAGCACGUCAAGAUGCUUCUCAUGGAGCAGGGUCUCAACUCGGAGGUGUACGACAAGAACACUGCGCCCGGCCGUAUCGUCUCCAUCGUCCCCACCUCGGCCGUCACUGGCGAGGGUGUUCCCGACUUGCUGGCGCUCCUCGUCAAGCUGACCCAGGACCGCAUGACUGGCUCGCUCAUGUACCUUUCCGAGGCUGAGGCGACCAUUCUCGAGGUCAAGGUCAUCGAGGGUCUGGGCACCACCAUUGACAUCGUCCUUGUCAACGGUGUGUUGCGCGAGGGUGACAAGAUCGUGCUGUGUGGCAUGAACGGGCCAAUCGUGACAAAUGUCCGAGCACUCUUGACACCACAGCCGAUGCGCGAGCUGCGUAUCAAAUCGGCCUACGUUCACCACAAGGAGGUCAAGGCUGCACUUGGUGUCAAGAUCUCGGCACCAGGCCUCGAGAAGGCCAUUGCUGGUGCUCGCAUGUACGUCGCCAAGAACGCCGACGAGGAGGAGUACUACAAGGACUUGGCAAUGGACGACCUGACUUCUCUCGACCGGUACGUGCAGAAGACCGGCCGUGGUGUCUUCGUGCAGGCGUCGACUCUUGGUUCGCUCGAGGCUCUUCUCGUGUUCCUCAAGGACAUGAACAUCCCUGUGUUCGAGUUCGGCCUUGGUCCCGUGUACAAGAGUGCCGUCAUCCGCUCGGGCCUUAUGCUGGACCGAGCCCCAGAAUACGCAGUCAUGCUCUGCUUCGACGUCCCAGUCACAUUUGAGGCCGAGGAGCAGGCCAAGAAGGAGGGUGUCAAGAUCUUCUCGGCCAUGAUCAUCUACCACCUCUUCGACGCCUUCAAGAAGCACAUGGAGGAGGUGCGCGAGGCACGCAUGAAGGAGGCAGCACCGAGCGCCGUGUGGCCCUGUAAGCUUAAGAUUCUCAAGUGCUUUGCGUCCAAGGACCCCAUCAUUGUUGGAUGUGACAUCGUCGACGGCGCAACAGCGCGCGUGGGUACGCCUGUCGGUGUUGUGCGUUUCGAUAAGGAGACUGGCAAGCGCGAGAUCAUUCCGCUGGGCAAGAUCACCUCGCUCGAAAUCAACCACAAGCCCAUGCAGAUCGUCAAGCGGUCUCAAGUUGGUGCGGGUGUUGCUGUCAAGAUCGAGCGGGCGGCGCACCAGGCCGCGCGCUCCUUCGGGCGACACUUUGACGAGAAGGACGAGAUCGUGUCGCUCAUCUCGCGCCAGUCGCUCGACACACUGAAAACGACCUUCCGCGACCAGGUCGAGAUGUCCGACUGGGCCUUGCUCAAGAAGAUGAAGCAGGAGCAGGGCGUCGCGUAG